CGAACUGGAGCGGUUGCUGGUUUGUUGUUUUUGUUUCUGUCGUUAUUGUUUUAUGCUGUGUACGCGUGUGUGACGCAAGCGGUGUCUUUCGGUGCGCCGCCGUUGUUUCCAGCAGUUACUGUGGUUCGGUCACUUCUGACGUAACGCAAAGCGUGCAGCAGGAUCGGGCUGUAAAAUCGAUAGAAAAGUUGCCGGUUUUCUAGAUCUCAGACUUGUUGGCGAUGUACUGCAAAAUGAGGUGCCUACUGGCACUGGUUAGCGUCGGGAUGACGUUGGCCGAGCUCGCGCCUCGGCUGGAAACCGUCAAACAGUGGAGUCUGCUGUCGUACAACUUUCCCUGGGAUUAUCCGGCCUCAAACAAGGAUUUCUACAAUCCGGAAAAUGUUGUCGCAACCGGUAUUGAAGUAGGCUAUGAUCGUAUCUUUGUUGCAACACCGCGACUGUUUAGUGGAGUGCCGGCGACUUUGUCUUCGAUACCACGUGGCAACCAAGGCGACUCUCCUGCUCUUCAACCUUACCCAGACUGGAGUCAUCAUACGGCUGGUCUCCGGCAGUACAAUUGCUCAGACAUCGGGCUGGUUUCGGUGUACCGCAUUCGAAUUGAUUCGUGCAAUCGAUUGUGGGCGUUGGAUGCUGGUGUUUCUCGGUCGCUGGAGGACUUCGAAGUAACUUGUCCACCGAAGAUUUUGGUUUACGAUCUGCACUCUGACCAAGUCGUACGCCGUAUUGAUUUUCCACCAGAGGUUAUCCGCCGGGAGUCACUGUACACGAAUCUUAUUAUCGAUGAGACGACUUCUAAACCAGGAAACAACUGCGACGAUGUUUUUGUUUAUAUCACAGAUACUGUUGCACCUGGAAUCGUCGUGUACGAUAGUGUCAAGGAUCUUACCUGGCGAGUUAGCCACCCGUCAAUGUACCCAGAUCCUGAUUUCGCUGAGUCAACUAUUUUGGAACAUCGUUUCACACUGAUGGAUGGCGUUGUUGGGUUAGCGUUCGACGAGGAAGCUGGUAUUCUAUACUUCCAACCUUUGGCCACUGACAGACUGUUCUCAGUGACAACAGCAACCCUUCGGGCCGGCCCGCUACCCUUCGGAAAGGAACUGGCAGUGAAGCUGAUUGGGCGAAAAUCGUCCCAAGGUAUCGGCCUGGGAGCAUCCCCAGUGGGUGGAACCAUUUUCUACUCUCCGUUCACCGAAACAGCCGUUGCCUCGUGGAAUCCUCGCACUAAUGAACAUCAAAUAUUGGCUCAGGACCAGGAAAGACUCCAAUUCCCAGCUGAUCUCAGAACCCCGGCCCGUGAUGGUUCAGCCCUGUACAUCCUGACGUCUAAGUUCCACCGAUUCUUCCUGAAAAACGUAGAUCCGAACGAAUUCAACACCAGAAUUCUUCGAAUAGAUGGAGUCGUAACUUCCGGCAAAGCCGGUCAGGUGUCUUCUUCCUACCAACCGACCAUCGAAACCAAUUCACCAUACUACAAUCUACCGGUGGUAACUCCUUCGGCAGCCUUCAAACCGCUACCUCAACCGAUUGCGAUCGCCAAUUACCCUGUGCAAAAGCCAACCAAUCCGAAGACGUACCAAUUUGUUCAGAACUACUACGUGAAUAGUAAGCAACCCUAUCCCUACGAACCGGUGCCAGUCAUCGACCGGACGAAGAUCAAUCCUUUCUUCGUUCUGAACAGCGGCGAAAAACCGUCCCCUCCUGCACGUCCGAGACCGCAGUACGGACUUAAUGGGGAAAUCUUUUUCCCGAAAGUGAAUCAUCAUUUCAACGACUUCAAUGGGCUCCGCUAUGCUAAAAGUCUAAGGGCCAACCAAACAAUGGCACCCUAGGUCGUGACUAUCGGUGGCGAGAGCCUAUUUUGCCUCUCUUCCAGCCAGCUUUGGAAGAUAGUUCUAGAAUUGGCUCUUGGCUUCCUCGACGUUGCCGUUCAGCACGUGUAAAUACAAUCACUCAAUACUCAUCAUACGACUGACAACAGUUGUCUAGCAGCUCAGUAACUUUAGAUAUUAACGUUCGGCAUAACGUUGCUAGUGUAAUCUUGGCUUACUUCUGAUUCUUCUGACCAUGUACAUUUUCUUGUUUUUCAUUUCUUCUCUUUCGCGUGUCACACUGAUCGAUCUACAACUCUAGUUAAGCUCAUUCGCUGUUGUGUUAUUUUAGAAGUGAUGAAGUUUUUAGCCAUAGUUCAUUGCAUUUUUCUUGCAUCGUGACCACUCUUACGUGUAUCUCUUCCAUCUACGGUUAUAAAUGACAGCAACAACCAGCAGAAACUGAAACCGAAUGUCGUAUGUAAAUAAAUAAACUCGAUUGAAAAUCGUGCGCUCGAGCCGGCCUCGGUUAUGUUGAGCGAAAAUUCGCACCCUAGCCGAGGAAGCACAUUGUAUAGGACAAUUCACGCUAGAUAAAUGCUUCCAGAAUUAGUUAAGAACUGUAGUAGUACAUUUAUGUAUAUCGCAUGCCGACAUGAAUAAACGAGGACGGGUAGAAUUGCGAAGGGAAGAAGGCUGUUGUAUGACUUAAACCAAAAUGGCAAGUUCGUGCAAGGAAAUGACCCUGGCUUAACCUAAAAACCGGUUCUGGCUCUUUGAAAGGGAACUGUCACUUAUCGCAAAACUUGUUUGUUUUACCAAGUUCUACCUUUUUGAAGUUCGAACACGUCCCUGUUUUCUAUUCUGAGGUGCAAAAAGAAA